AUGGAUCAACAAUAUUAUCAAAGUCAAGGUCAAUCAUCAUCACAGUUGAGACCAGUGACAGGUCGCGAGAGUGAACAAGAACAUGACGAUGAUCAUCAUGAUGGGGACGACAGGGAUGACAGUGAUGACAGUUCAUCUUCCACAAACAGUAGUAGUAGCAUACGUGUCCGUGACACCAAUCAGAACAAAAAGUACAAGCGACAUCAACACGAUCCCAAGAAACCCAUUGGCCUCAAAUUCCCUUUCCACUUUGCCAGUCAUCAUCCACGGCACAAACAAAGGAAGGACUGGCGAUAUAAACUUGGAGAGUUUCUCGAGAGUUCGACGGUGCAGACUGCGAUUGUGAUACUCACGCUGCUGGACUUGGUUAUCACUAUCACAGAGAUCUUCCUGGAAGAGGCGUAUAAGAAGUGUAAUGAUCAUCAUCCACCACAUUCAGUGGAAGCCGCAGAGAAUGUAUUCAAGUACAUGACCAUCGCACUGCUCAGUAUAUUCGCGUUGGAGAUACUGUUGUUGCUGGUAUCAUUUGGUCGAGACUUCUUUUAUCAUCCAUUAUAUGUACUGGAUGGUGUUGUUAUCACUGUGUCAUUGGUCGUGGAGAUAGUCUUCAGAGAAAGAGUGGCAUCGAUGCUUGUCGUGUUCCGACUUUGGAGAAUGGUUCGCAUUGGACAUGCUGUUGCAUUCAGUGUCGAGUCACACGAAGAGAACAAGUACAAAGAUUUAAAACGCAAGUAUAAGCGACUAAAGAAGAAACAGGCGGCCAAUGCCAAGAUGUGA